AUGGUUACUACGAUUAAAAUUACCGGCGACGGUGUAUUUAUUCAGUCCAAUGGUGGUGUUGGUGGUGCUGGUGGAGGAGGUGCGAGACAGCAGCAGCAACAACAGCAACAGCUGCUAGCUGCUGAUGCUCUUGGCAGCACUGCCAUUGGCGAAGCGAAUCUGCCACCUUCGGAUGGACCAAUGGUGCACAACAGCAACGGAUCUCUGGACACGGUGGACAGUUCGGGUGCCAAUGAUACGAACAACAAUCACAAGGGCUAUCGAAACUUCAACCAUCGCCGAUACCAAUCGGACGAAGGACCCGGCUUCAUUGGUGUGCGGAAUGGCAAAUCCGACCGGACCGGUGGUGGAUCGCCGUCCGGGUCGUCCGAGAUGGCGUCGGGUGAGAGUGACGAUACGAUCGGUGAACCCGAUCCGACCCGCAAGCGAGACAAGUUUACGAUUUCCUUCCUAAACACACACCGCUCCAGCGGACUGCAGAACGGUGGCCACGGUAAGAGCAUGCUCAACCACAAGUUCAUCGUGUACAACAGCAAAAAGCCAAAGACCUCCUCGGUGCUUCACCAACAGUACUACCAGCAGAGCAUUGCCGCUGCCGGUGAGCUUGGCAAUGGCAGCGGCUCACCACCGUUACCAAUGCCGUACCAGAGCCACUACCAGCAGUACCUGUACAACCGACUACGGCCAUCCCUGUCCACCUCGGUGUUAAGUUCACCGUCACUGAUUAGCGGAACUGCUGCUGCUGCUGCUGCUUCGCUAGGCACUCCCUUGCCCCUUGGCCGUUCCGAUCAAGGCACGCUGUUGCGGCACGAUCGCGAACAACUGGAGCAACAGCAUCAGCUCUAUCAGAACGGCCUGUUCCAUCAGCAGCAUCGCGCGUUACUUGGUACCCCACCGGCCGCCAUACCAGGGUGGGCCAAGUCCACUUCCUGUCUGGUGACGGAUAGCGUCGCAACAAGUUCCUCCUACAGAACUGUCACCGCAUCACCGCUGCUGCUACUUCCAGAGCAACCUGUCGGAAGUCUAGCACGGCCCGCACCAGCCUCAUCGUCCAUGUCCUCACUCUCCUCAUCGCCGUCUUCGUUUUCCGCUGGUUCGCCGCCUUCGUCCGGGGCGAAUUCUUCAUCCAACACACCUCCACCACCUGUGUCGAGUGAAGUUCCAACGCCUCCUAAUGCUGCGCCGUCCUCCACAGCACCAACAACCAGCAGUAGUAGUUCCUCGACACCAACGACACCGUUACCUGUGGCGUCAAAGACACCAACUUCACCUCCAGCAGCAAGUACAUCAGCGCCAUCUACGCCAACGCACUCUACGUCACCACCACCAUCGCCAGCGUCUAAUAUUGAUGUCGAUGUGAGGGGUGUUCCACGGUUUGAUCGAAGCACCAAACCUGCGUCCGUCAUCGGCACCACCGAACAGCAGCAGCAGCAGUACCAGCCGAGACGGUUUCAGCACCAGCAGCGAUCAUUCGAGCUGCAGCACUCGGUGUCUACGUGCGAACAGCAGCGGCCGCACCACCAGCAGGCGGAAGGUGAAGAAGAAGAGGACAGUUUGCUAGUCUCGCGCCGCAACUCCACCGGAAGCAGCGUGGCGCUGAACGGAAUGAACAGCCACACGGCGGCAAUCAAUCUGCAGCAUCCGGGCACGGGACAGACGGCAGUGGUUGGUCACCAUCGAGGCUUCUCGUCGACGGUCGUUGCCGCCGCGAACUCUGCCGCCGCAUCCGCCUCCGCCACCGACUGUCCAUGGUUUUUGCCGCAUCAGAUGCCGCCACCGCCGACGGCACCGGCCCGCCAGCACAAGCGACCCGCACCGCAACCGGGCGGUGGCAGCGUCGGUGGCGGCGGCGGCGGUCCCGGCAAUCACAUGCAACCGCCGCAGUUCAUUAGCCCACCUCCAGCACCGCAGCAGCAGCACCACCAACAGCAGCAGCAGCAGCAGCAGCAACAUAGUCAGCAGCCAGCAAUCGUGCCGCCACCGCAAUUACCUCCACACACUGUUAACCCGAGUCUCAGUUCCAUCCACCAUCCGGUGCAGCAGCAGCUGGUUGCGUCACAGUCAGCACAGCAGCAGCAGCAGCAGCAGCAAUCACAUCAGCCACCGAUACCGCCACAUCCAGCGGUACAUCACAUACCAAAAUCACCGAACCAGCAUCAUCCACCUCAGCAGCAAUCGAUGCAGACGCCGUCGGUGCAACAGCACAACCCGGUGUCGUCGGCAGUUGGUGGCGUGCUGACCAACAAUCACCAUCCGACGGGACCAUCCGCUACCGGUGCGAGCGCGGCAGGACCAUCGACGACGACUGUGGCGGGCAAUGUCGCGGCCAGCCUGAUGUCCACUUCUAUGAACAGUGCGCAGUUACAGGGACACAUUCUCCAACCGGUCGGUGGUCUAACCGGUUCGGCACUUUCCAUCCAGCAGCAGCAGCAGCAACAGCAGCAGCAGUCAGUAAUACCGCCAGGCACGCAGCAGGUGCAUCACAUGUCCAACUCGUUGCACGGUCCCAUCGGGAUACCGUCGGUGGUGGUGCCACCGGCUGGGCACGAUGGAAGCAACGGAGUCGGUGGACCCGCUCCCGGCUGGAACUGUGUCCCGGUCGGGCUAUCCUCACCAACAACCUCAGCGGCGGCAGCUGCCCAGCGGAGAGCGGAAGUGAAUGCGAAACUAAACGCCAUGCCCUGGUUCCAUGGGCGAAUAAAGCGAGAAGAGGCAGAAUCGUUGCUGAAACCACGGGAAGAUGGAUUGUUUUUGGUACGCGAAUCCACCAACUUCCCGGGAGAUUACACGCUCUGUGUAUGCUUUAACGAGAAGGUUGAACACUAUCGCAUCAAGUACGUGGACAACAAGCUCACCAUCGACGAUGACGAAUACUUCGAUCAUCUCGGCCAGCUGGUGGAGCACUAUACGCUCGAUUCGGAUGGGCUGUGCACAAAGCUGAUGAAAGCACUGCCGAAGGAGGAAUUCUGCGUGAAGGAUUUCCAGGACAAUGGGUGGGAGAUCAAGAUGGAGGAUCUGCAGCUGAAGGAAAACAUCGGCAAGGGAGAAUUCGGCGACGUAAUGCUUGGCAUUCUCAAGGGUGAAAAGGUGGCGGUGAAGGUGCUGAAGGAUGCCGGCCGUGCGUCCAACAAAUUCCUUGCCGAAGCGGGCGUAAUGACUACACUGGAACACGAAAAUCUUGUCAAGUUUAUUGGGUUGGUGUUUCACGAUAAGUACAUCUACCUGGUGACGGAGUACAUGAGCAAAGGGUCGCUCGUCGACUAUCUGCGAUCGCGCGGCCGGCAACACAUUAGUCGGAAAGAUCAGAUCAACUUUGCCUAUGACACCUGCUGCGGUAUGGAGUAUUUAGAGACCAAAAAAGUGAUCCAUCGUGAUCUUGCUGCCCGUAACGUGCUAAUUUCCGAGGAUUGUGUCGCAAAGGUGUCCGACUUUGGAUUGGCACGAGACGAACGCUACACCGGCGACAGUAGUAAGCUUCCUAUCAAAUGGACAGCCCCGGAAGCGUUAAAGGAAGGCAAAUUCUCCAACAAAACGGACAUGUGGAGCUUUGGUAUUUUGCUAUGGGAAAUUUAUUCUUUCGGCCGUGUACCGUACCCACGAAUUCCUUUGGCCGAUGUGGUGAAGCAUGUCGGUAGCGGAUACAAGAUGGAAGCACCCGAAGGUUGCCCACCGGAAAUCUACGAAAUGAUGCGACAGGCGUGGGAUCUGGUGCCCGAAAAGCGUCCAACGUUUGCCGAACUUAAACGCCGCCUGUACAACUGUAAGCGUGAAACAGCAAACACGUACGUCACGUAAAGUGUAUCCCCGGCGCAAGGGUGGCAGACUGCGGCUCUGCGGCUCCAUCCAGCUGUGUAACACAAUCACAACGCGCAAACGAGGGCAGCUGGUGGUCAAAGUCAUCGGUACAACCGAGGGAAGGGCAUCAGUAAGGCUUAGAAGGGAUAUUGUAAAAACAAGCAAACAAACAAAAUAACAGGAGAUUUCUUCCAGCUUCCCAAACGAGAGAAUCAUACGAUCGGUUUGCAAAGAUUGGAUCCUUUCCGCUCGUUCCACGUUUUGUUUACCACGAAACAAUGCUGGAGGCGAAUUUUCAGCCGUGUUUUAUCGUUAUUAUUUGCAUUUUUCUCGCAGUGAACGGACUGCUCUUUCUACAGUGAGUUGAUCGUUUGGUCGUAGCGGCUAGCGAUCGACAGUCCGCUAAUGGGAGUUGGCAAGUUUUCCUGUCUCUCGUAUCUUACCGAAUCUGUGUGGUGUGCUCCGUGUUGUGUUGUCUAUUUUGUAGACCUUUGCACUGCACCAGCUGCAGCGGUCGCAUGGAUAUUUAUUAUUUGUGAUGUUAAUGUUUACUACCCUUUUGCAGAACUCCUGGCCGGAACAAGAUAACUGUUCUUUUAAAGAAUGAAUAACGAUUGUACUAUUGGGAAUAUAAAUAGGAGUAUUAACGCAAAGUGAACGCAGGGUGCAGAACGGAACCGACAACAAUAAUUAUCAAUAUGAUAUUCAUAUUUGUAAUUUAUUUUCAACCCUAAUUGUAUAUGAUAGCGCGCGAACUCUGCACACCCGCGUACCGUCACAAAAGCCAUCGAUUCCUUUCAUUGAUGUUUGCAUUCCUUCGUGUUCUUGUACGCAUCUCCCACACAACUAAUAAUCUCUCGGAAGCAGGGCAAUCAAAGAUCCAACAGGGUGGGAGAAACUCCUCCUGGUUCACGCAUAAUUUAAGAGACAGCAAACGCGCAAAGUACGAUCACUCGGGCAAGCAGUUAAACCACUUUUACUUUUAAUGCAAACAAAAUGAAAACAACCACACAAAAGUACCCCACUACGAAAGUAAACGAUGUAAAGCAAUUAUAAAAGCAUAGAAAUGGGGAGGGUAGUGUGUAGUAAAGGGACGGUAUAUCGAUAAACAAAUGUAACGCUUUACACUUUCUGAAUUCCUAACGUAAUACUGAUAGUAUUUAAAUCAGAAACCAAGAAUCAAUAGAGCAAAAUCGAAUCAGUCGGCACGUGUAUAAAAGAUUUAAAAAUGUGGGUGAUUAAAUUAUGGAUCGUUUUGUUUUUUUUUAUUAUUAUACUUAUUAUUAUAACUACUUCUACUACUACUGCUACUACUACAAUUACUACUGCUGCUGCUAUUAUUAUUACAGUGUUGCAAAUUGAUUCCAUUGUAUGACUGAGUGUUGAAGACAAGCCGAGGGCAGAGUUGUGUGCUUGUGUGAGUCAAUGGGUUUUUUUUGUGUGUUAAGGAUAAUCAGUAGAGUUUUGUUUGUUUACUUACGUAACGGUUACGUGUAAAGCAAUGUUUUAAAAGAAGAAUCUUGUGUACUUUAAUUGGCCACCAAGCAGUUGCGCAGUGUACAAUAGGAGUGGGAAAGCAUUGUUUUGUCUUUAUUUUAAUUUGUAAAUGAACGUUUCGUUUCAAAUCGUUUGGUUAACUAAUGUUUUAAUCCGGCCUGCGGCUAGAAUGUAAGAACCCAGCUACCAGUAGAACAGAAGCGCAAAACAACACAACGUUUACGGUAGGGUUACGCGGGUACGCACAACGUGAGCAAGGCGCACAAGACGUUCGUGGCGGCUCAAGAUAUUUUUCCAACGCAUCUCCCUGCAGAAGCAAAGCCAUCCGUGACCUUCUGGCGCCGUUUGUUAUGUGCUGCAUUUUAUUUAUAAACAAAACAAGGACCUAGCAAUUAGUGAACCAUACACACACACUCUCUCACAUCCACAUUUCCUACACUUCUGUACCAUUAACGCGCCCCUCGCGCGCGCGUUUGGUGCGGGCUUUUUUUAACUUGUAGUGUACAUAGGUCCGUAAGGUUUGCAGCAAAUUAUGAAUGGUGUGAAUUGUAACGUCAUUGGAUUGUAAAUGCAAAUUAAGCCACAGUGAAAAAAAGGAGAAAGAAAUGAAAGGCUAAAGGCUAGCGAUUGUUUGUCGGCCAUGCUCUGCGAUUAAACACGGAGAAUGUGCAUCAAAGACUAGAAAAAGAAAAACAAAACCCAGAAUCAGUUAUCAUCCACCAGCCUUGUUACCAUUCCAAGUAAAACGACGAUCCAAAACAUCGUAGCACAAACAUGAAGCUUUAAGCGAACGGAUGAUCGCUCGCGGAAAGCCUAACGGUCGGCGCACUGCUCUGGCUAUAUCACUCUGUUAGUAGUCGAAACUUCCCGUUUAAAUCCAUACCGCAAACAUGCAAAUCAUUCAAAGUCCAAAAUUUAAAACGAAACUCACUCAUAUGAUCAAUAUAGUCAAACUAGUUGAAAGGGAAAAUUAAACCUGCACCGUGAGGUAGAAAAGAAAAACGCCAAAAUAUCAUUACACACACACACACGUGCUAAUAGAGCGAGUGCAAACGAUGAAACAAUCUACCAUAAUUGCUAUAGAGGGCUUGAUUUCAGAAUAGCAUUUUAUUCAUUGACUAGAAUAACGAAUAUAAUAGCGACCGGUGAACAUACGUAGUCUAUAUCAAGGAACCAGCCAUUUAAACAGAAGCAGUCUAGCUCGGCAAACAAGUGCAAACCACCAAUAUCAAAUGGGAAUCAUCAAAUUAGCGAACAAAAAAGUAUGUAAUGGAACCUCCUCCACACAACACGCGAGUCAAACCGUUUUCAACAGAACCUAUAGAAUCAAAUACAAAGUCAUACAACCGAUAGUUCAAAUUUCAACAUAAACAUGCAUAUGUGUAAAACGUUUCGUAAUUGAAAAGCAACAUACAUUCAAAUUUCGCCAAAAGAUGCACUUAGCAAAACUAAAACAGCGCAUCAACAAGCCGGAUAAAAGAAACGCGCAAUUAUCAUUUUCAUUCAGGCCAAGAAAUAUAUAUGCGUUUAAAAUUUAACCAACGCACAAAUGAGUCAAUGCGAAGGCAUACUUGAAGCUCCUCUCUAUCAUUGCGUUGAAAUCCUCCCACUUUCAUACACAUUAGAAUGAACGGCGAAAAGCUUUGAAACCAUAAUUACCUUGCUACGUGAAGUAGGAACGACCCGAAACAGUAUGAACCGGGUGAAACGUGCCCAUUAACUAACGGAUAAAAAUGGGUUGCGAUUGUGAGAUGGAAGGACACGGCAAAGGUAUGUUCGCGAAGCGGGUGUGUGUUUGUGUACGCUUUGGUGUAUGUGUUCAUGAUAGGCAGUGUGUGUGUGUGCGUGUGUGCAUCGGAUGGCACUGGGAAGGGGGGAACUAGGAAAGCUUCACAAUCAAUGGUUGUUGUUUGGUAACGAUGCGGCCGAACGAAUGCUGUUAGAAAACAACCGAAUCAAAACGGAAGGUAAUGGUGCAAUGUGCGUUAGGGAACGUUAUGGAAAGCAGUGUGGAAACUAUAUUACUAGCAAUGGAACGCGACAGGAGAGUGAAAAUACAAUUAAAAUUCUAUUCAGCAGUACGGAGGUUUGCGAUACCGGAGCAAGAAUACGUGAAAAAAACAAGGCAAAAAAUAAAACCAACCAGUACAUUGGAAAUUAUUCAAGUAAAUAUAAUAAAACAGCA